AUGACUAUCAGAUCCAACAAAUUGCGUCGCAAGGUGAAUAGUGUUUCCCAUAACAGCUUGAGCUACGUUAGUACUCCUGGAUUUGAUUCUGGCUCGUCACUCAAGAAUUCCAAUUCGAGUUCGAGCGCUAGCUCCAGCUUCAAUUCACAAUGCAGUUCCAAUUGCAGUACCGAUAAUGGAAGUGGUACAAGCAUCAAGCAUAAGGCUGAAUUGGAAGAAAUUACUGAUGAAACAUUGGCCAAAGUGGAAAAGGAAUUGAUGAUUGCUGGGGUGAAUGGAUUUUCAGAUACUUCAGGUGCUUGCAAUGAAGAGUUUGAGAAUGGGCUGAUUCGAGGUAUUAUGGGUAGUAUCGAAUCUGGGAAAGUAUCAGACAUCAUUAUAGAAGAAGAAGAAAAUGAAUUGGAGGUGGAAGAGAAUUCAAAUGAUGACGCAAAAAAAUAUAUAGACAAAGAAUUUGGUGGUGGUGAUGAGAAGAAGAAAGGGGAGGAGGAGGAGGAGGACAAAGAAGAGGAUUCUCCUUGCAUCAACACAGACGAAGAAGUAACCAAAGUUAUGGAACAGUCUAUGAGGUUGCGUGAAAGUUUUGCAAAGGAGAGGUCUGAGCCUGCAUUUAACAAUACUAACCGACUUGUAUUUGAUGAUGGAGCAGUGUUUGGAAUUGUUUCAGACUAUACCAAUGAAUGUAGUUUACAACUAAACAGUAUUAACAAAAAUUUGGAUGUUUCUAGUUUCCAAAAGUGGCUCGAAAAAGGCUUUGAUAAUAAGAAUCGAAAGAGCAAAAAAGGAAACACGAGUAUUAAAGCUAAAGGCAUAGGAAUUGAAGCACUUAGAGAAUUAAUUGAAACUAUAAAUAGUCUUUUCAGAUUGGUGGUUGACUUUAUAUUUUCAUUGUUUUCCCUUGCUUUAUUUGGAAUUAGAUUUUGGAUCGUUUUUGUUUUGACGUUGAAGGAGUUGGUAUUUCAAACUAGUGAUGAUUUUAAAGCUAUAAUGAGCAGAAACAACAAAAAGUAA